CUGUUUGAAGGCAGAGAGUUGGAGGACUCGGGACAUUGCUGGUCGGGAGGGCCUUGAAUGCCCAGUCUGAGCUUGUAAACAGGUGCUUGCAGUAAUAGGCGUCAGUCAGCGAGCUGGGAUAUUAAUAAUAGUCUGGGAAACCAUGAUUGUAAGAUUUAACCGGCUGAAGAGAGGCCUGUUCCUUCUAGGGACGCUCUUUGCGGUGUCCCGUCUUGUGCUGUCUGAGGAGGUGGGUAAUGCAGAGAAAGAAGUCACGUUCAGCCAUGUCUACAGGAUUGACUCUGGUUGUAAGCAGGGUUCUCAAGUGGCUCAGCUUUCCCAAGACCAGGCCUCAGAAGGACAGUUAGUCACAGUGGAUGGAGAGAAUGACAUUGUCUUCAAGCACAACAUACGCUUACAGUCGGCUGGUUGUGGAUGUGCAGAUUCUGAGGACUUCAAGUCCCUGCUGUACCGUAUAAAUGGCCUGGAGGAGGAAGUCACCUAUCUAAAGAGCCAAUGUGCUCAGGGCUGCUGCAAAGGAGGUUCAGGUGUGGACAUUAGCUGUAGUGGGCAUGGCACGUACCAGCAUGACUCUUGCAGUUGUAAAUGUAACCCAGGCUGGGAGGGUCCAGACUGUUCUAUCUCAUCCUGCCCUGACGAAUGCAACGAUAAUGGCCGCUGUGUUGACGGACGCUGCGUCUGCUAUGAAGGCUACACCGGCCAUGACUGCAGCCAGCUCACGUGCCCCAACGACUGCAAAGACAAAGGCCACUGUGUGGAUGGCAAAUGUGUGUGCUUCAGUGGAUUCUCAGGAGAAGACUGCAGUAACGCCACCUGUCCGAAUGACUGCAUAGGUAACGGACGCUGCGUGGAUGGACAGUGCAUCUGCGAUGAGGGAUUCUUUGGAAUCGACUGCUCCAUGGUUCUAGGACCAAAAGGCCUCCGUCUGAUCAAAGUCACAGAUGUGUCUCUGCUGGUGGAGUGGGAGUCUGUGAAAGGAGCCGAGUACUACAUCCUGUCCUACUAUCCAAAGGGAGACGAGGGAGCCAUUAAAGAGGUCCAGGUGGAAAACACGAAAAACUCCUAUCUGAUCACAGGCCUCAAACCCGGAGUCACGUACAUAGUGCAGGUGUACGCUGUCAUCAGGGGCAUUAACAGUGAAUCCGAUGAAAUAGUGGCUACGACUGACGUCUCUGGUAUUGAGGGAAUCAAGGUGGUGGGCCAGACAGAGGACUCUAUCCAGGUGGACUGGAAGAACCCUGCGAUUGCCGUGGACUACUUCAAAUUGACCCAUGCCAGCCCCGAUGGUCAGGAAGGACAGGAGAACGUGGCAAUGAGCCAAGAAGCCAGAACCAAGCACACCAUUGUAGGCCUCAGCCCGGGAACAGAAUAUCAGAUAGGCGUGCAAGCGAUCAAAGGUGAAAUGGAAGGCAAGCCGUCGUACGCCACAGGGGUCACAGACAUUGAUGCCCCAACCAAUCUGGCAACCAGGAAGGUGACGGAGAACUCCGCGACCGUGACGUGGGAUGGCGUUCGUGCUGAGAUCGACGGCUAUAUGCUGACUUACAGCUCUUCAGGGGGCGCCAGCCGAGAAAUUAAAGUGGGCGCAGACGCUACGUCUUACCAGCUGACCUCUCUAAAACCGGGAGUCCUGUACACAGUUUUCCUCUGGGCUUAUAAGGGCUCUCGUUCCAGUAGGAAGAGCAUGACCGAGCCCGAAACGGAUAUAGAUGCUCCUACUAACCUCAUGACCAGGGAGGUGACAGAGGACUCUGCGAUGGUGACGUGGGACAAGGUGCAGGCUGACAUUGAUGGCUACAUGCUGAGCUACAGCUCUAUAGAUGGCUCCGGUCAGGAGGUUCGAGUAGGAGCUGACAGCACCUCCUACAAGUUCAAUGGUCUGAAGCCUGGAGUUCUCUACACAGUCUAUGUGUGGGCCAUCAAGGGCCCCCGCUCUAGCAAAAAGAGCUCGACGGAAGCAGAAACAGAUAUAGAUGCUCCUACUAACCUCUUAACCCGAGAGGUGACAGAGGACUCGGCGAUGGUGACGUGGGACAAGGUGCAGGCUGACGUUGAUGGCUAUAUGCUGAGCUACAGCUCUAUAGAUGGCACCAGUCAGGAGGUUCGAGUAGGAGCUGACAGCACCUCCUACAGUUUCACUGGUCUGAAGCCUGGAGUUCUCUACACAGUCUACGUCUGGGCUGUGAAAGGCUCUCGUUCAAGCAGAAAAGCCUCAACUGAGGCUGAAACAGAGAUUGAUGCGCCAAAGAAUCUCAAAGCCAUUGAUGUUCAGACUGAAACAUCCACUGUAACAUGGAAAGCUCCUCGGGCUAAUAUUGAUGGCUACAUCCUGACCUACAGGGCUGAGGAUGGCAGCAUACAGACUGUGGAAAAAACGUUGACUGCGCAGGAGAAUAGAUUUGCUCUCUCUAAUCUUGCAAUGGGGAAAAAGUACAUUGUCACCCUUAUUGCCUAUAGAGGCACGAAGAGGAGUAAAAUAGUGGAGACAAGCUUUAGCACAGUGGGAAUGGCCUAUCCGUUCCCAAUGGACUGCACUCAGAUUAUGAGGAAUGGAAACAUGGAGAGUGGCAUCUACACCAUUUACGUCAACAACAACCGUAGCAAAACCAUGCAGGUGUACUGUGACAUGACAACUGAUGGCGGCGGCUGGAUUGUGUUCCAGAGACGAAACACUGGCAAAUUAGAUUUCAUGAGGCGCUGGAGAGAGUAUAUGAAAGGCUUUGGAGAACUGGCAGAUGAAUUUUGGCUCGGCUUGGAGAAGAUCCAUGAACUGACUAAUACUCCUACACAAUAUGAAGUGCGUUUCGAUCUGGGCUUCGGAUCUGAGCGGAAAUAUGCUGUCUACGAUAACUUCAAAGUAGCACCAUCCAAACAGAAGUUUAAACUUACCAUUGGCAACUACAAAGGAGAUGCUGGUGAUGCCAUGACCUACCACCAGGGAGGGUCUUUCUCCACGGUGGAUUCAGACAAUGACAUUGCACUUGGUAACUGUGCUCUGAUUCACCAAGGUGCAUGGUGGUACAAGAACUGCCACCUGGCCAAUCUGAAUGGCAGGUUUGGGGACAACAGACACAGUAUGGGAGUAAACUGGGAGCCAUGGAAGGGGCACCUCCAGUCUCUCGACUUUGCAGAAAUUAAGAUACGGCCAGUGGGAGCAGCGGGCAGAAAGAAGAGGUCAUUGAAGAGGAGAGUAGCUGUGUAUUAAUAAUCACUUGUUAAAAACUACAAAAUGUUAUAUAAUGGGAAUUGGAUCAAACCAGGAUGGUAUUGUUCUUCAUAUCAGGAAAGCCACUCUAUGCUGUAGUUUGUAUACUGUGUAACUGUACUUUGUAUUAUUUUACAAAAGGCAGAUUUUAAAAAGAACAUGCUAUACUUCUUUUGAUGUAGUAUAUAUACACACUGUAUAUGAAAGAAAUUCGAAAGCAAACCAAAAUUGUAGCAUGACCGACACCACAGUGCCAUUCCUAACCCAAUGGGUGUUUUUCAUACAUUUAAGUGAAGGUAUAUUGCAUUGUAGUCUUCACAGAACCUCUUUUUUAUUUUAUUACAGUGUUUUGCACCAAAAGAUUUUGUACUGUAUGAUAGUUUUGAAUGGAUAUGCAGGAUUUGUCCCCAUCAUAAUAGCUGACAGUUAUGAUUUAAUUCAAAUGUCAUGUAUAAAAACACGUUUAUAACAGAUAUUAAGCUAUAAUGUCCUCCUUCUGGAUGUGUACUGUAGUUGUACUAUAAUUCCUGACAGAGACACCAAAUCAAGUGUCACAUUUUCACCGAAAUAAAAUUUGUUGAAACAAAAAAAGCAUUUGAAGUAUUUUUCACACAUUUGAGGAUCAGAUUCGACUGGCUCUACAGGUAAAAAUGAUGGGAAAUUAGGAAAAUUACACAGCAUUUCAACGUCAUUGUCACUGCAGUGGGCCGGCUGCUUGAAAAUCUUCACAUCACCUCCUCAGAGUAACCGGAAAUGUUUAGAUCAUACUGGGAAAAUAAUAGAGGAACUGACAUCAGAAGGAGGCAUAUCAGCCUCAGCAGGAGCAGUACUGUAUUGGCACAUCUUCAGGUCUCCAGACGUCUGCCAAACUGGCACAUCUACUGGGCAAAUAGCAGGCUAAAGAAAUGUUAUU